CAGGAGCUGGAAAAGUCUCUGCGGUGCAUGGCGUCCCGUAAUCCCCGGGCCUGGUCUCAGCAUCUGUUAUGGGUAGAAUAUGCUCACAAUUCUCUCUCCAGCUCCGCCACUGGAUUGUCCCCCUUUCAGUGCGUCUACGGCUAUCAGCCGCCCCUGUUUGCCAGUCAAGAGAGAGGAGCCUCCUGUCCAUCUGCCCUUGCCUGUGCUCGCCGCUGUCGUCGGACGUGGUCUCAAGCUCGUGCCACCCUUCUGAGAGCCGUUGCCAGCACUGCCAGUGCCAACCGGCGUAGGAUUCCUGCUCCCGCCUACCAGGUGGGCCAGAGGGUGUGGCUUUCCUCCCGUGAUCUGCCUCUGCGCGUGGAGUCACGCAAACUGGCCCCCAGGUUCAUCGGUCCAUUCCCAGUCCAGAAAAUCAUCAAUCCGUCGGCGGUCAGACUCCGGCUUCCCCGGUCCAUGAAGGUGCACCCAACCUUUCACGUCUCACGUCUGAAGCCAGUUCACGAGAGCCCUCUGGUGCCCGCUGUGCCGCCACCUCCGCCACCCCGACUCAUUGAUGGUGGUCCUGUUUACACUGUGCGACGGCUGCUCCGGUCACGGCGGCGGGGUAGGGGCAUCCAAUACCUUGUGGAUUGGGAAGGCUAUGGUCCUGAGGAGAGGGUGUGGGUGCCCGCCAGCAGGAUUGUGGACCCCACUCUCAUUGCGGAUUUCCAUCGCCAGCACCCGGACCAGCCUGCAAUCCUGAGGGGUCGGCCGAGGGGUCCUCGUCGUGCUGACACUGCUCCGUCCACCCCUGUUCCUGAACCUGAUUCUGAUCCUGAGGCUGGGGACACUGACCGGUCUGAGGAGUUUUGACCCUCCGCCGGCUACCCCCCCCCUCCCGCCCGUGUUGGUGAGUGUUUUGGGACUUCUGUGCCGUCCCUUGAGGGGGGGGUUCUGUCAUGGUCCUACAACUCUCCCUUCUCAUCUGGUAACUUUCCACUCAUUCUCACCUGUCAUUCCCUCAAUCAGGCUCACCUGGUGCCUCUUAACGAGCAGUACUCUGCUGCCUGCAUACCAUCACUGACUCUGCUGUCUAUUAACCCCAAUUGAUUCUCGUUAAUGAUCUGUGGCUACCAUUGGCUGU